GCCCCGAGCCAUGAAGGAAUGCUCAGAUGUCAUCCUGUGUGUGGAGGCGACAGGGCUGAGCAAGACUGAGUUCUGCAAUCCUGCUUUUGAGCCUGAAUCAGGGCCACCGUGCCCUCCAGCGGCCUUCCGGGAGGAUGCCAGCCGCGGCGUCCCAGCUCCCUGGCACGGUCGGCGCCCCCGAGGGCUGCAGCCAGACUGCCACUUCUCCUGGCUGUGCGUCCUCCUGCUGGCCAGCCUGCUCCUCCUGCUGCUUGGGCUGCUGGUGGCCAUCAUCCUAGGCCAGUUUCGGGCUACAGCCCUGUCCGGGGCCUCCUCUCACCCACUGCCUGCCGAAGGCCUGACACCCAGCAGGACCACCAACCCCACUGCUCCCUCCACCACCACCAUCUCUCCGGCAUCUGGGGACCCUAAAGGACAGCUGGAGGAGACAGGCAUGAGCCCCUCGCCCCCGUCCACCUGUGGGGGCCUCCUUCCCGGCCCGAGGGGCUUCUUCAGCAGCCCCAACUACCCAGACCCUUACCCACCCAAUGCCCACUGCGUGUGGCACAUCCAGGUGGCCACAGACCAAGCCAUACAGCUCAAGAUCGAAGCGCUCAGCAUGGAGAGCGUGGCCUCCUGUCUUUUUGAUCGCUUGGAAAUCUCCCCUGAGCCUGAAGGACCCCUCCUCAGAGUGUGUGGGAGGGUACCUCCCCCAACACUCAACACCAACACCAGCCACCUCCGGGUGGCCUUCGUCUCCGACAGCAGUGUGGAAGGAUCUGGUUUCCAUGCCUGGUACCAGGCUGUGACUCCUGGGAAUGGGAGCUGUGCUGAGGACGAGUUCCCCUGUGACCAGCUCAUCUGCCUGCUGCCUGACUCAGUGUGUGAUGGUUUUGCCAACUGCGCUGAUGGCAGUGAUGAGACCAACUGCAGUGCCAAGUUCUUGGGGUGUGGGGGGAAUCUGACCGGGCUCCAGGGUACUUUCUCUGCUCCUGGCUACCUGCAGCGGUACCCUCACCAACAGCUCUGCACCUGGCACAUCUCGGUGCCUGCGGGACACGGCCUGGGACUGCAAUUCCACAACUUCAGCCUGGAAGCCCAGGACGAGUGCAAGCUGGACUACGUGGCUGUGUAUGAGACCAGCGAUUCAGGGGCCCUUGGCCUCCUGGGCAGGUUCUGCGGAGCGGAGCCACCACCUCGCCUCAUCUCCUCGCACCAGCACCUGGUGGUGCUCUUUAGGACGGACCGUGGCAUCAGCAGUGGGGGCUUCUCUGCCACCUACCAGGCCCUCAAUGCCACAGAGAAUCCCUGUGGGCCGGGAGAGUUCUCCUGCCAUGAUGGAGGAUGUAAGAGUCUGCAGUGGACAUGUGACACAUGGAGACACUGCACAGACAGCAGUGAUGACAGUUGCAGCAGCCCCUUGUUCCCACCUCCAGAGCUGGCCUGUGAGCCUGUCCAGGUGGAGAUGUGCACCGGCCUGAGCUACAACACCACGGCCUUCCCUAACGUCUGGGUGGGCAUGGCCACCCAGGAGGAGGUGGUGGAGAUCCUCAGAGGUUACAAGAGCCUGACAAGUCUGCCCUGCUACCAGAAUUUCCGGAGGCUCCUCUGCGGGCUGCUUGUGCCCCACUGCACCCCCACAGGCAGCGUCCUGCCCCCCUGCCGCUCUGUCUGCCAGGAGGCCGAGCGCCAGUGCCAGUCUGGCCUGGCUCUACUGGGUACCCCCUGGCCUUUCAACUGCAACAGGCUACCUGAGGCGGCUGGCCUGGAGGCUUGUGCCCAACCCUGACCCUGAAGCAGGCCCCUGCCCUCUGCCUGCGGGUCCAGCUUUGCCUGUCAGGGCGGGCAGGCAGGGGACUCUCCCCAUCCUCUCUGGAGCCUCCCAGGGAGGGGAAGAGAAGUCCUCGGCAGGGCUAAUGGAAGCUUCCCUGCCCUUUACUUCCCCAGCUCCACCGUGCCACUGAGCCACCGGCCGUGAGGAGUGCUUCCCAUCUGAGCGCCACCU